AUGCGAAAUGAGAUCAUCAGAGGCAUUGGAGGAGACUUAUGCGACAACCUCAUAAUACUAUAUGCACAUGUGACCUCCUAUCUUAUCGCCCUGGGCUCGAUGAAGCCCAACCCCAAUGAAGAACUGGCUUCCAUUGAGGCUUUCAGCUAUGGAUUGCAGAUCCCAAGAAAUACUGAACCUACUCAAGGGAGACGGACAGAUGUGCUUGCAGUAGGGAGGGAUCAGUUGAGAGUUCAACCAAAUAAUUGCUCAAGGACGUCACAAAAGUGGGGUACAGAACUUGCGAACAUCUUGAAUGAUGUUUGUGAGGAAGAGGAACAACUGCAAACGAUGCUGAGGCCCACUAAAGCAUGCAAGUGUUUAUUGAAAUCAUCACUGUACUAUAUUUAUCGUAGUUAA